UGAUGAUGAUGAUGGUUGCAGAUGUGCGAGUGGCUGUCCACGGCGGCGUGGUGCGACGUGCAGCUGGUGUGUCGCGGCCGCGUGUUCAGCGCGCAUAGAGCCGUGCUGGCUAGUGUCAGCGCUUUUCUGAGGAAAAUAUUGCUGUCAUGUCAUGAGGAGAUGGCACCGACGUCCAUAAUCUUGCCAGACUUUGACUUGAGAGCCAUGUUCUCUGUGCUUUAUUACAUUUACAACGGAGAGGUCGUCGUGCCGAGCUCCACCAUCGAGUCCUUUCUCGACAUCAUCGUUACUUUACAGAUCUUCGUCGAUAAGCAAAUAUUGACCAAAAUUCAAGAGAACUCGCCUGAUUUAGACGUCGAAUUCGAGAAAAUUUACACUAACAAUCCAGGUUUGGGAGAGAUGUAUAAUUCUAAAAGCACAUUUAAGCUUGGAUUCAGUUACGACGAAGGACUCGUAACGAUUAGGAAAGAGCGAGCGCAUAUCUCGCCGGCAUCAGUCGGCUGCGGUGAUCAGAAAGAUACUGUAUCUUGUGUGCAAGUGCAGCGACAGAGGCCUUAUUUAGAGAAUAUACAUUCGCGUCAGGAAGGCCGACAAAAGAAAUCUUUCCUACGUGAUUCAUUUACCGAGACGUAUCCUCGGAGCAGUCGCAGUAACGGUCCGGCGGGACGCGUGCCUGUAAUAUCAAACGAACCUUAUCUCGAUACCACAUCUGCGCAUCUGAUGAAUGCAAAUUGCAAAUCUACCCACUUGUUAACCCCUAAAUUGGAGCUAACAAGAGAAAAUCUGACACCGGUUGAAGAGGUAUUUUCUAAGUCAAAUAUGCCGAUGAUUGCUAGUGAUAUUCAAAGCUCUACAAGUUCUGUGGUGGGUGUCGAGCCUACUACCAACGAAGAGGUAUACUUAGCACUUCCGCCAAGCAAAGUCGAAAAGUCCGCAUUUGCAAAUGCCUCAAAGAUAUUGGAUAGCACUAGUGCAUACAGUUUAUCAGCAUAUUCAUAUAACAGUCUGAAAACUGCUUUUAACUUAGAACUAGCAGAAUCAGUAGAUACCGUUAAAGGACGAGGGAUUCAUAAAAGCAAUGUUGGCGCGAAAACUGCUAUUUCAAAUCAAGUUAUGCAAAGCCCUUGGUCUCCGCGUCUGCCCAUCAGCUACAGACCAUUUCGUAAAAAGCUACAACAAAAGGAACUACCAAAUGAUAAAAACAACAAUGUAGAGUCUGUCCUAACAGAGGUCGAUUCUAAAGAUGCGAGCGAAGCAAGGGUGAAAACCGGUGUUAUCGACACGAAACCUGCAGUGGAUCCUUCAAUAACCGAGUCGAAGUGCGAAGUUUGUAAACAAGUGUUCCCAGACCCUGCCACCCUUUCCCAGCACGCUAAGACCCACAGUGCCCCGGCCCGGUUCACUUGUACUGAAUGUGGGAAGACAUUCUCUCAACUACGGAACUACAAGUACCACAUGUCGGUACACCGGGGGACGAAAGAGUUCGCCGCCACUUGUACCGUGUGUGGAAAGUACUUCAAUGAUCGUGGCUAUUUGAGCAGCCAUAUGAAGAUUCAUAGAAAUCGGAAGGAGUACAAAUGCCAGCUUUGCCCCAAGUCGUUUAAUCAACGAGUGGCCUAUAAUAUGCACGUCCGAAUUCACACAGGAGUAAAACCGCACGUCUGCGAGCAGUGCGGCAAGGCGUUUUCCCGCAAGAUGCUGCUGAAGCAACACGCGCGCACGCACUCGGGCGAGCGGCCGUACGCCUGCACGCACUGCGACAAGCGCUUCGCCGACCGCUCCAACAUGACGCUGCACUUGCGCCUGCAUACAGGUGUAAAGCCGUUUUCGUGCACCCUCUGCCCGAAGUCUUUCACCAAGAAGCACCACCUCAAGUCCCACCUGAACUACCACACGGGGGCCAAGCCCUACUCGUGCCCGCGCUGCCACCUCGCCUUCACUCAGUCUUCUCUGAUGACGGUGUAA